UUUUUUUUACGUAAAAAUCACAUUUACGGGUAAUGAACACGUAUUGGAAUUGUUCCGAUUAAAUAUCCUAGGAUCAUUGUCAUCACUUUCACUUUUAGCACUAUUUGAUUUAAUAGAGGUAUACGUACCAAUUGGCGGCGGUCGCCAUGGAUGACACCAUGUCGACUCUAACGAAAAUGACCCGUACGGUUAAAAAACUGGAAGUUCCCAGACCUCUGAAAUCGACGACCAGUUCUGCUCAUAACCGUAAUUCUACAUUGGACGUCAAAAUAAACUCCGUUGAUGACCUGAUAGUACUAGCAGAAGCUGUGGCAUACCAAAUGAUGCAAGGAAAUUAUGACCGUGCUCUCCAAAGCAAUGUUGCCACAAUGUACUCGAAUCUUAAACUAUAUGGAGCUCAACUCGAGGUCCUCUACAAAGAUUUUCUUGAUAGAUACUUUGUUGUGUUCCGUAAUGGCUCACAAGAUGAGCGCCUUGAUAAGAAGACUAGAUUGCACCUUCUUGAAUUGAUCGAGUUGAGAGCUAAGUUGUGGCAAGGUUCCGACUAUAUGAGUCAAUAUUAUAGGCACCGUGGUACUCAUGCUGAGCCUUUGCUGGUACCAACAAUGGAGGGAACAGGAUCAGGUGGGUCUGUGUCGCCUACGCUGGCUGCGCCGGCCGAGCCCCCUGCUAUGCUCGGCCCUGGGGAGGUCAUCAAACCCUCAGGAAAAUUCCCCAAGCCCACCAAAAUCCCGGGCAAGAAUUACUCCAAAGAUGAGGUUGUCAUCAGGAAUGCUGACUCUGGAAAAGUGAUGGGUAUCAAGGGCAGGAGGGUGCACAUGAUCGAGGAGCUAAGUGACACGAUCAUAUCGUUUCAGCGAGUGAGUCCGGGAGCCAAGGAGCGACUAGUACAGAUCACUGGACCGAAUGAGGAAAAUGUCAAUCACGCUAAACAUCUGAUUGGCGACACGAUCCGUCGCAACGCGUCCCCGGUGCGACUGGAGGGGUCACUAGAGGCGCCCCGCUCCCCCUCCCGCGCCUCGCUGGACUCUGCCGCCUCUGACGAACCGCCGCGCAACCGAGAGAAAUCUCCUCACAACUCGAGAGCUCUGCUUCACAGUUUCUCUACGAAUGAUGCUGCACUUGGUGAAUAUAAGUACACUGUGACUUUCGGACAACAUUCCAUUAAGAUCACCGGUAAUAACCUGGAUCUUGUGAAGACGGCGAAACUCGUACUGGACGAGUACUUUGAGAGCGCGGGAGCACUGGAGGCCCUCGGCGCCGGCUCCGGGGACUUCUUCACUCUCUCGCAGCGGCCCGGCGCCGCGCUGCUACUGCGGGACGACGACGCCGCGCUGCACGACGACGACGUGUUCGUCCCCGCGCCCUCCGCCCUCCCCGCCGACGCAGCCGCCGCCGACGGAGACCUCACGCCGCGCCGACCGCGCUUCUCACGCGCCACCAGCACUGACAAGAACCAAGGUGUAGGCGGCGGCGGGCGGCAGACGUACACGUACGAGACGCUGGUCCAGUACGCGGACUCGCCGCUCAGCAAGCUGCCGCCCGCGGGGCUGGCCGGCUUCCCGCCCGAGCUCGCGCGCAAGAAUGGGUAUUCCAGAGAGGUUCGUCACAGAGCUGCCUGGAGUUCGACAGCGCGUCCUACUUGAAGAAGGUCCGCGCGGCGGGGGGCACGUCCGUGGCCACAGUGGACGCGCCCGACUCGCCGGAGCCGGAAUAACCGCACGCCGCAAGACGCCGGCUUCGAUCGAAUCACCAUUACAAUACAAUCACCCCGACUGUUUGAUUACCAAAAGAAAAUAGCGCUAUCCGAUUACCGCACUAGACACUGAAAUAUAUUUGUUAUUUAUGAAACUUAAAAAAAUUAAAUGAAAAUUUUCAGAAUCAUAUACUAAAAUAUGAUUCGGGUUUUCACGUUUUAUUCUUUAUUAGCAUCAUAGCCAUUAGACACAGCAGCACAAGGCUUAUUUUUUAUUUCGAAUAAAAGUUUUGAGAACUUUUCUUAUGUCUAAUCUGCAUUAUGGUUACACAUUUAAAAUCGCUCUGCUACACUGCCGGUCAGUUUAUUUUUGGUAAUUAAAGUGGGGUGUACAUUGGUGAUGAUGAUUCCCCAGUUCGCCUCACGUCUCAGUAGUUAUCUGUUCUUUAUACACCUUAAUGGAGCUUUUUUUGAAUUAUUAUUUAUAAAACUCAUUCGAAAAGUAUUAAAUGCACCAAAUUUUUUUAUUGCGGUGGUUUCUUAGAAUAAGCGCACGGAUUGCACGCAGUUACUGUGUGAGGCCCAAGCGUCCACCGCCCUCCGCACCUCGAAUCAGACGCACACUCGCACUAAUUGCGUUAAAUCAAAAAAUAUAAUAUAUUUUAUUAUUAUUUAUUAAUAAUAAAAAUAUUAUUUUUAGUAAUUGAGUAACGAUCAACUGAUUUAAAUAAAGCACAACCGCAUCCGGCUCUGCAUUCAACUCGCGCGCCUAUCUUAAGUAAACCUCGUUUUCGUGGAUAAAUAUUUAUUUUAUGAUAGAUAUGGACUUGACCGUUUAAACGGUGGUAAGAUGAUAUCCUGAUUAUCGAAUACGAAUAUAUUGUCACUUUCGCUAGGAAGAUGAUUGCACGAAUUCCGCUGUCUUUCAAUACCUAGUUGAUCUCUUUUUGUCUAUGGUUUUACUUAUAUUUAGUUUAGCGACAGUAACAAAGAAACCAGACAUCGAUGGAAAUAAUCUGGAAAAACUAUACGUCCAUUAUAAUUCAAUAUUAUUCGAAUAUAUUUUUGUUGUAUAUAUUAUUGACUAUUGUUAGUAACGGAAGUCAUAGUGAUUCCAUUUAAUUUAAGAAGAAUGCAUGCAUUUCUUUCGUGUGUUUGUAUACUCACUUAAAUCUCUGUGUCUAGUCCUGACGAGUAAAUGUUAAUUCUCAUUAUGACGAAGCAGCUGCUAAAACGCAUCGAGUGAGCCUGUCAAUUUUUAAUAUAAUUGAAAAUUUAUUAUUUUGAAGCUAUUUGUCAAAUAAUAAAGCAACUUAGCGCUUAAAUUUAACUUAUCUAUAAACUAAACCAAAUAAUUUGUUGUUUCCUAAAAUAUUUAAUUAACAUAGGUGGCAAUUGACAGGCAUCAUUUGAAAUAAAUUAUUCUCUUUUGUGUAUAGAUGUCAAAAUUUUAAAAGCUAAAGAAAAAAUAUUUUGUGAUGUUAAAAUAUAUUUGAUUUUUCUGUUCAAAAAAUUAUUUUUGUUAUUAACACCAGCCAUCAAUCCUUUAUACUCAAAUCGUAAGUUUUUAAAUGACUGAUACUGAAAUUUGUAUUACAUUAGUUUUUUUCAUAAUGCACAUACAAAAUUUUUUAGUUUGUAAAUUUUGUAGAGGUCUGAUUAGUUGUAAUUGAAUUAUGAUGUGGAUCUAACAGGAUUUAUGGUUGGUCUAUUGCACUAUAUGCACAUAGUAUAAUAUAUUUUUCAAAUUUCACAAUUAGUUGGUGCUUGUUACCUGGGAAGUAUUAUUUGUUAAAUUUAUGAUGAUUUUAUGUUUACACGUUUUUUAUGUAAGAAAAUUAUUGUGGCCACUGAUGAAAUACUAAAUUUUCUAAUA